GUCUUCUUUCUGAAGUCUGAGCAAUCGUCUCUCUCUCUCUCCCGUCGACAUUGAAGCGAACUCAAUCAGUCAAUCAAGCUUUGCUCAAGCUACAACUGCUUUGGUUCAUGUUGACCAUGGGGAUGUGAAUAGUCCAAAUUUCCCACUUUGGGUACUUUGGUUGAUGAAGGUUUGACACCUGUUCUUCUGUAAGUCAAGGUGCUAGUACCAUGUUGUUUUGCAAAAUAUUCCACCCAUGUUUUCCACUGACUGAUGUGACUAUCCUCCUAAAUGGCUGCUAGAUCAGGAAAGGAACUUCCAUGGAAGAGAUGGUGCAAAAGAAUGAUCCAGAGGACAAAGAUUUGAUCGAAAUUUUAGAAGAAAACAUUCCAAUUGACAUAGCAAAGUACAUCAAUUAUGUGCAGGCUCCACAAUGUGGUGCCAUAGCAACUUUCUCUGGGACAACACGGGACAACUUUGAAGGCAAGACAGUGUUGGAGUUGAGGUACGAAGCUUACUCGCCAAUGGCCAUUCGCUGCAUCAAAGCCAUCUGUUCAUCGGCUAGAACAGCAAUGAGUCUCCACUCGAUUGCAGUUGCCCACCGCCUCGGCCCAGUUCCAGUUGGGGAAACAAGCAUCUUCAUUGCAGUCUCCUCCGUCCACAGAGCUGCAGCGCUGGACGCUUGCAAGUUUCUGAUCGAUGAGAUCAAGUCCUCGGUGCCAAUAUGGAAGAAGGAGGUGUAUGCCAACGGAGAGGUCUGGAAGGAGAAUUCAGAGUUUCUGGAGAGGCGGCUGGAGCUUGGGAAGAGCAUGGCCAUGGCGACAGGAAGGAAAGUCGAGAUCGAUGACAGUAGACAUCAGAAGGGUUGCUGUGGAAUGAAGGUGAAGGUGGACGAUGGGCCAGCAGCAGCAGAACAUGGUGCUAAGUGAGGGAAGAGAUGUAAAACAACUGAAAACAGAUACAAUGGAGAUGUAAUAAGCUAAACCAUAAUAGAAUUGUAUAGCAGAUGAACUAUCAAAAGGGAUGCUGUCCU